AAAAAUUUUAACCAGCCCACAGGGAAGCCGAACUCAAAAGUCCAGAACUUCAUCGCCAUUUUAUCAAGAAGGCUCUCUUGAUUCAUUCAUUACAGAGAUUAAUCAUCAACUCUGUUAGCAUAAUUUCAGCCAUCAAUCCGCACAAUUUCUUCAAUCAAUCAGCAUUCAAAGACCCCUUUGAAAAAUCCCUUCUUGCUGAAAUGUAAUACAAAAUUUCUACUGCUAUCAAAGUCGAAGAAUCAAUGGAUUCCAGGAGAAUAGUUGUGGUAGUUGAAGAUUUAGAAGUCGCAAGAACCGCUCUUUUAUGGGCUCUUCAUAAUAUUCUUCGCUAUGGCGAUGUCAUCGUUCUCCUUCACGUCUUUCCUUCGUUGAAAAGAAGAAACAAGAAGAUGCUGCGGCUGCUCCGUUUGAAAGGGUACCAGUUAGCGCUCUCUUUCAAGGAAAUUUGCACAAAUUACUUCUUCAACACUAAUGUUGAGAUUGUUGUUGCGGAAGGCGAUGAAGAAGGCUCUAGAAUCGCCGCCGUGGUCAGAGAAAUCGGUGCUUCGACGCUUGUUGUUGGCCUCCAUGAUCAGAGCUUUCUUUACAAGUUGGCUUUGGCCCAGACAAAUAUAGCAAGCAACUUCAAUUGCAGAGUGCUAGCCAUCAAACAACCAAGAGGAGCAGUAGCAACAACCAUGGAGUUCUCGGAGAUCGAAAUCACUAAAUUACAAGUUCCUGAUAUGAUUUCUCGGAAAAUUCCAUAUCAAAUAUGCCCCAACCCUUAUGGAAUUAUUUGGAGAUGGAAAAAACCGAGAAGCCGGAAAAGGAGUAAAAAAAAGCAGUAAACUAUGUCGUUUUUGUCCAUUAGCUUGGCUUUGGUUCUUGUCUCACACCGCACACAAAAAUUCAUAUAACAAAAAUAGUUGAAUUUAUAUUAUACUAAUUUGUGUUGUUAUGAUUAUGUGUUCAAUAAGCCCCGUGAUUGGUUUGAUUCAAAUUAAA